AUGGUCGGUCCCCUGUGCUGUGUCCACCACCCACCCACCACCUGCCAUCCCUCUCUGCUCCUCCCCGCCCAUCCCCGUCAGAGCGAGGAGCUGGUGAGGAUGGAGGCGGCGUACAGUGAGUGUGCGCUCUUUACCCAACCCUACCCUGUACCCACCCCCACCGCCCCUGCACUCCCUCCCCACGCCACUCCUGUACCCCCACCGCCCCUGCACUCCCUCCCCACGCCACUCCUGUACCCCCACCGCCCCUGCACUCCCUCCCCACGCCACUCCUGUACCCCCACCGCCCCUGCACUCCCUCCCCACGCCACUCCUGUACCCCCACCGCCCCUGCACUCCCUCCCCACGCCACUCCUGUACCCCCACCGCCCCUGCACUCCCUCCCCACGCCACUCCUGUACCCCCACCGCCCCUGCACUCCCUCCCCACGCCACUCCUGUACCCCCACCGCCCCUGUGUACCCCCACCAACAAUGCAACCCACCCUUACCCUCCCCCUCAGAGCGAGGAGCUGGUGAGCGUGGAGGCGUACACCACACCCACCACUUGCGGCCUGCCACCCCCAUCCAUACGCUCCCCCUUUCAGAGCGAGGAGCUGGUGAGCAUGGAAGCAUACAGCGACAAGGAGUUGGUGAGCAUGGAAGCAUGCAGUGAGUGGGCGCUAUUCGCCCUGCUCACAUGCCCUGUGGAGAUGGUCAAAGGCACGCGCGAUGCUGCUGCUCUAAUCAAGACCCUGCUUCGCUCGCGCGCCAUACUCCCUCUCUUUAGAACGAGGGCUAUCGUACCUCUGUUCGGAGUCGAGGUGCUGUGGUUGCAUGCAGAGGUGCAGCAGUGGGCGGUGGGGCGCAUGGGGGAGGGGGAGAAGCCGGACAAGGCAGCAGCGAGGCACAGAGCACAGGGAGCAGAGGAGGAGUAUCAGCGCCAACGAUUGGUUGGGGACCUAGUCAGUGGCACAGGUAUGCACGCGUGUCUGCAACGAAUGGCAGACGCGCACAGGAGGAGGCGCUUUCUGCUGGGCCACGAGGGCAGGCGCCUGCUGCUGAGGCUGGCGGACGAGCCCUUGCUGCUGCCGCCCAUGCUGCAACUGGUGCUGGCCGUGCUCGCCCUGCUGCGAGCUGAGGUGCACUGGGCCAUCCUCCACACCUCCUGCCUCGCCCAGUCUGCUCCUGUCACGGCGCACUGUCUUGGCGCCUCUGUCUGGGCGCCUCUGUCUGGGCGCCUCUGGCUGGGCAGCUCUGGGUGGGUCUGUGUGGGCGCCUCUUUGUGCGCGGCUCUGUCCUGCUGGGGCAGGCAGUGGUCGGAGGCGCAACUGCGGCAGAAGCUGACAGCCAGCCUGACCCAGCCAGAGCGGGCCCAGGGUUUGGCCAGGAGAGCGGGAACAAGGCUGCCACAUGGCAGCAUGCCAGUGGAGCAUGCGGAUGCUGCCGUUGGUGCUGCCAUCAACUACAUGAAGCUGCUGUUAGUCUCACCAUUGCCAGGCUACACUGUUGUCUCACAGCACAGCACCGCAUCAAGCUGUGCGACAGGAGGCUCGGGGCGCAUCAAUUUGGUGCAGUGCGGAGCGGAGGGGUCCGCACCAAGUGCUUGGAGAGAAAGCUUUCUUGAUCCGCGCUUGGCCUACUCUAUUUUCUUGAUCCGCGACUUUUGGGAUACAACUCUCGAUCCGCGACUCCGCGCCGUCUCUGCACUUUUCGUGGCUAUGAAGGAUGCGAGUUUGUGGGAGGCAUUGCUGGCCGAAGCCGACAAAAAAAUUGCCAAUCGCAAGCUCGUCUUGCUCAAUUUGCCUCCAGAGAUUUCAUCCGCAAUGUUGCUCGAAAAGUUUUCUGAGUACGGAGAAAUAGAGGAGUGCUCGGUCAACAUGAAUGAAGCAGGCGGUCGGCCCAUGCAUCAAGCCAUUCCUCCAUCACCCGGCCCCCGCAGCUCUUCCUCUCCACCGCAUCCGCACGCCCACCGCGUCGCCAGCGCACGCGCAACCCCAAUGGGCAACACGGCGGAGCAGCAGGCGGCGUUCGCGGCGUUCGACUUCGCGGGAAGCGCGGCGUGGCGGGACUAUUUCAACAACCUCACCAUCCCGCCGGAUCGAGCCAACGACCCCGCCGUCCUCCGCCGCUACCGGCAAAAGUUCUUCCGCCAGUGCGUAGAUCCCGACUUCCAAGUCGACCCCCUGCAGCCCGCCGCUUCCCCCGCCUCCGCCACCCCCCCCGCCUCGUCCGCCUAUGCCGCGCCUUCGUCCGCCUCCACUGCGCCCCGACCCACAGCCGCGGGCCGAGCCUCGGCAGCAGGGACAGGGGACAGUGGGGCCACGGGGAGAACUGGCAGCAGCAGAACCGGCGGUAACACCGGCGGUAACACGGGCGGUAACGCCGGUGGUAACGCGCGCAUGGGUCUGCAGACAUACACCUUCGUGGCGCACGCGUGGGUGGUAACCAUGGCGCUGGUCGCGCUCUUCCCGCUGUGCCCGCGCGCGCUGCUCGUGCGCGCCUUCCGCCUCGCCCUGUUCGGCGGGCUCGUCGCGUCCGCCCUCUCCAUCCUGCAGCGCCACGGCCGCCCCGCCGCGCUCUCCCUCCCCGCGCUCAAAUCCUGGCUGCAAACCCUCCUAACCGGACCCCACCUCCUCACACUCAUGCACUGCUCCGUCUUCCUCCCAUCCCCGCACCCCAUCGCGCUUGUCCUCCUGCCCCUCGCCGCGCGCUCCCUCCUCCCACUCACCACGCACCUCCAGCAGAACUUCAGCCAAGCAAGCCUCUACCGUUCCUACCUCUCAAAACCCUGCGAGUGGGUAGCAGCAAACCGACAACAAGUAGAGCUCUUCACAGCCAAUACAGAAGUCAUGCUGGGGCCGUUACUAGCCUUCUACCUGCUGACUCCGCAGCGCAGCUUCUUCCAGGUGUUUCUGUACUGGCAGCUGCUCAAGAUGCGGUUUCACGCGCCGGCAUCGGCGUGGUAUCACCGGCAGAUCUGGGGGCAUUUGGAGGCGACUGUGCUGCCGCAUGUGCAGCAGUAUGUGCCUAUGCUGAUGACGCCCAUCGGCGGUGGUUCCAAUCCAUGGGGAGGGCGUGAAGAGGGCGGGAGAAAGGGAGGAGGGAGGAGGGGAGGAGGGGAGGAGGAGGCGACGGUGCUGCGGCACGUGCAGCAGUAUGUGCCGAUGCUGCUGACGCCCACCGGGUAUGUGCAGAGGUGGUUUCAGUCCAUGGGGCGGGCUUGA